AUGCUUCCCGGGUUUCCCUACAAGGGGAACGAUAUUUCUGUUGCAAAUGCUAUCAGUCAAUUAUUUUCCAGCCGACGGGAGAGGAAUUUAGCGAUGUUUCUGUUGCUGACGACUGGGGUGAUGGUGCUUGAAUUAGUAUAUGGAAUUGCGGUUAAUUCGCUGGGGCUUAUCUCUGAUGCCUUUCACAUGAUGCUCGACUCCGCUUCUAUUGCCAUCGGCUUGUGCGCUGCCGUUGUUGCAUCCUUUCCAUCUGAUGAAAGGAGGUAUCCGUUUGGGUAUGCGAGAUAUGAAGUUUUGGGAGGCUUUGUAAACGCUGUUCUUCUACUAUUUAUUGCAUGGUAUGUUACCCUGGAAUCAAUUGAACGGAUAAUUAAACCGCCGGAAAUUGAAGCUGGAUAUUUGAUACAAGUUUCACUUAUCGGGUUAAUUGUAAAUAUUCUAGGAAUCAUUUUUUUUCAUGGUAUGCACGGUCACUCACAUGCUCAUGGUGGUUGCUCGGGCUCGGUUGAUCACAAUAUUAGAGGGGUUUACUUGCACAUACUGGCUGAUCUUCUAGGGAGCAUAAGCGUGAUGACAUCAAGUAUCAUAAUUACACUGACGGGGGCGAGGAUUUCUGACCCAAUUUGUAGCAUUCUGUGUUCGUUUUUCAUAGCUGCAUCGGCGUUUCCCCUCUUAGAGGAAACAGGUAAAGUUUUGCUGUUGUCAAAUCAGCCUUAUGGAGAGCUGUCGUUUUUCCAGACCCUAAUUUCCGAGAUAUGCAGUGUUGUUGGUGUUAAAAGAGUUCUCUGUCUUUGUGCGUGGACACAUUCAACUUCACCCAGGGACUCUUCACUUUGUGCAGUUAAACUUCUGAAGCACGAUUCGGCUGAUCAGAGCUCCGUGCGCGGCCUCGUUAAGGGAUCUAUAAGGAGCUUCAUUACCUCCGCAACUGGGGUACGGAAUACCGGAAUUAUUGUUCAUGUAGAAUAA